AUGAGCACUUUCGGACUGAUUAAGAUAGAUUCUUCAGCACGAGUGAGUUUUUGCAAAUAUUUCCCCCAAUAUUAUCCAUUUCCCAUCGACUUUCUUGCAGCUAAUCCUCGAUUAUGUGGAAAAGUUGCGUGGACCGUGCGGCGGAAAGCGUCAGAAAUUGCAGGAACCGAGCCUGGCGGUCAGACCGAACGAUUUCCCCGGAAUAGAUAUUCAGAAACUGAGUGGUACGUCUUUUUCCUGUGAAUUUUGCACACAAUCGUGUUUCUUGCAGAUACUCUCGUCCGAUUGGCCUUCAACGGAAGCUACAUCGAUAGAACCUUCCACAGACACAUUCUCGGUCUCGUCGUCGACGAGGUAACAUUGCCAGAAAGGUCCUUCUUCCCCUGAACAUGUCUUUUUCAGUCGCUUGCCUGGAAUCAUGUUCUACACAGUAUUGUGAACACAAAAGUCGGCGAGGUUUACAUGAAAUGUCAAAUGUGUCAUUUGGCAAAGGAUAUGAUACACUUUGUGCAGUAAGGAAGCCUUCUUCAAGGGUACAAAGAGUACAAACACUUGCAGAAUUCGAUCAUUCGACGAUGGAAAGCACGCGGACGCACUGCUCGCCGUUCUGUCGCCCACUUUCAACUUUUUGACACAAUUGAUAUUGGUAAGAGAUUCUACGAGAAUAUUGUUUUAAACUGUAAGGGAUGGACAUUAGAUACUGUGAGAGCUAUAGAAUAAAGUCCUUAAACUGAAAAUAAUUGUGUACUCCAUUUUCUAGGACGUUCUCUCCGAUGAAGACGAUAUUGAAAGGAUGCAGACCGAGUUCGAGACCAGCCAGAAACCGUACGAAGCGCCCUUGGACGCCCUCUCCGCUCUCAUUCACGACAAGCUCUGCAACAUCCUUCUCUCGAUGCCCCCCAUUGCUCAAGGAGUACGGGAAACCCUUGACCGGUGCUGUGCCGCCUUCAAAAACCUCAAGAAUCGGGACGGACCGAGUCAGAGACUAAUGGAGAUGCUCGUGGAGCACCACGCGAAGGUCGCGAAUCAGCCCAAGUUCGAGUACAAACCGAAAGGACUCAAUCUUUUCAAGUACAAAAAUCCGUCGAUCCGAGCGCUCGUUUCCAUUUUCGCCUGCUUCAAAUACAACGAUUCGAGUGAACACGUGGCGAACACCGUCCAAACAUUCGCGGAAAUCAUGGACAUCUCCUGGGAAGAGGUGAUUUUCGACCUUCUUCACGGAGCCAUUCUGUUAAAGUGCGAGGAGUCCAUGGAACUUUUGCACCUGCCGAAGCAGCACCGAGUGGACUUCCGAUGGCAAUCCACCGCGUUCUUCUACAAGAAACUGCCGCAGAUCAUCGCGUGUUUGGUCGGAAGUGGGAAGGUGACGCCGGAAGACGUUCGCGCCGGUUUGGAGAAGGCUUUGAAUGAGUUGACUAUGGUAGGUAGGAAUCCGUUUGGAACAGUACUCAACUCAGUGUUCAGAUGUUCGAUGUAGCAGACACCACGUGGCAGAACGCCUCUUUCCUGACACUUUUGAAUGAAUUGGAGCAGUCCAUCGGCAAAGAAGCCACCGACGAGCUCAGAACUCGUCGUCGCGCGCACAUGAAAACCAACGCGAAUCUGAUUGCAUUGGCCGAAUCGGACGAUAAAGUGAUCGAAAACACGGACAUCCAUAGACUUCUGACGGCUGUGAAAGAGGUGAUGAACCUGGAAUUCGGGCACGCCGCCGACUUUCACGAGACAUUUAAACGCAAAAUUCGGCACGGAGAAUACGACGAUUUCGAUGCGAUCACGGCGAUUCUGAUGGCCGAGGGAAAGCUGAUGCAGGCGGGACACACGUUUUCGAAGCAGAAUAGGGAUGCUCAGGAGAACCGAGGAGCGCGCAGAACUCAGGCAGAUCGGAUGAAGGACUUCGAUGAGACCUUCCUUCUUCUCGCCAGAAUUCUCAUCAAGAACCCGAGUCUGGUAAGGAUCUUUAGCAAACAUUUUAUAUGAGUAAACUUUUCAGUCCAUCAAAUUUUUCGUCAAUGGAGGCUACGCAAAGACGGAUGCGGAACGAAGCAUCUUGUAAGUUUCGACGUCUAACCCACCACUAUGAACUCUUUCUUUUUUACAGUUUCAACUGGUCAAUGUGGUACAUCAAACGUGUCACGAAGAACGAGAAUCCGGAGGGGAAAACGGAGGAGGAGAGGGAAAUGCUGCGGCAAGAAGCGGCGAUGUUGGUGCGAGUGGCGAACAGUGAAGUCGGGAUCGAAGCGGAUCCGGAGGAAGAAAUGGGGGCGCUGAAGGACGACGACGAUGACGAAGAAGACGACGACGACGACGAAGUGAAAGAAGACGAGGAGAUGGAAGCGGAAGAGGUUAAGGAGGAAGAAAAGCCAGAGGCACAAGAAGAUGCUCAAGAAGAACCGGAAGAGGAGAAGGAGAAGGAGCCAAGCGAGGAAGUCGAGGAGGAAACGGACCAGAAACCGGACGAGGAAGAGCCGAUGGACACUUCAGAAGCUCUCGAAAAGGAAGCGGAACCUGCUGAAGUAGAAGCUGUAGAACCUGCGGAGAAUCCCUCCGAAAAACCAGCUGAAGGAUCAGCUGAAGGCCCAUCCCAAGGUGAACAGACAGAAACACAAGAGAAUGAGAUGAAAUCGCCGAAAGAGGAUGAAGAGAAGGACGAAGAAAUCAAGAUUGUGGAUCAGACAAACGUCCCGGGCACCGUGAUCGUUGCCAAAACACUGGUGAAACCAGAGCCGAUCGAUGACUAUCCGGGGGAAAAUCCUGUGGUUCCCUCUCCUCCCCCAUUUCCGGCUCCUUCUACGGUUCGCUCUCUCUCUCCGGCUCCCGUCGAAGAACCAACAGAAAAAACCGAAAAGGAGCCGAGGAGCCCACCGGAGCCGGAAGCGCCGACCACUUGGAAUGCACUGCAUUGUCCGUUGCCGAGGAUCUCGAAGAAAACGGGCAAGAAGUACUUGACGAUUCUGAAAGAAGGCCAUCCGUUCUGGGAAACCGACUGCGAGACUCUGAACAUGGGCGCGUUGAUUGCGGUGGUUCCAGUGAUUGGGAAGCUGCUGCUCGAGGAGCACGAAGAUCGAAGGCAUCGGAUCAAUCGGAGAUCAGCCGAGGAGAACAUGGUGGUAGGCGGGAGUGUCAGACUGCGUGCACAAUCUCAUUUUCUUUCCAGAAUCUCCUCCAUGCCAUCGAGCCCGUCUCCUGUCUCUUCCUAUGUCUCGUUCAAUGGCUCGACUGCGAAAAGGAUUCCCCUGCCCGCACAUCUCUCGCAAUUACCCUCGCAUCGGCUCUCGAUAAGUGUGCGACGGCAACUGAAAAAGUGCCGAUAGCGACCGAAUCCGCGGAAGAGGACUCGAUGUUGUCGACGCUGUCGGAAGAGGAGAGCGAUCCGGCGCUCAAAUGGCAGUUCAUCCGCUCGACCCUCUCGCAAAUCUUCACGGUGAUGGUCGAGAAGGCGCCCACUUUCCCCGAAGUGACCUGCAUCACAUUCAGUUCCGCCCGUCGAUUCUGUCCGUUCGUCGAGCGAAAUGAGGUUGGUCCGAUGCCAUUCAGAUGAUGUCUCAAACAUGCUCUCUUCUCCUUCAGAAACCGGAUCAAGUGAAACUGAAACAUGCGUGGUAUUACAUGCGUCAGCAGGCGUGGGCCAGUCCGCAUGCACUCCGGCUCGUGGAUCACAUGAACGCUGCGGGAGAGUUCAAUACGUGGAUACAUGUGAGUUGGCAUCUGAAAAGCUUCUGUAACAAUUCUUGUCUUGCAGUUGUACAUUAACAAAAUUGUGAAAACGAGAUGUGCGGAACUGAUGAAGGCGUCGACGGAGAUCCUUUGCCGACGCUGA